UCAUGAAUAAGUGAGGAGUAAUGUAUCCACAAAUCCGGAACAAUAAUACCGUUUUUCUUAUUUAUAUUAUACAAGUGAUCUACAUCCCCCAGAUGUUUUAAUUGAACUGUACCUGCUGUCUAUUAUUUCAAGAUUUUGAUUUACGUAGAGUACCUCUCUACUUCCAUGUGGUGUUUUCUUGUGUCUGACCACGGACAUUAAUAUUGGUGGUAUUCUGAAUUCCCUGUUCCUAGCAAGCCUUAUUGCGGUAACAUUGAUUUAUUUGCUAGAUCAUGCUGCGGAGGUUCGUUUUGACAGCGGUGGUGGCGUUAGUAGUACAGCAAGCUGUGCGUUACUGGUUUUUCAUGGACUACCACAAAACGAAGACAAUACUUCAUCACCGCCCCGGCCCCUGUCGACAUCUUGAAGGCGCAGAUGGCGGGUCAGAAGACCUCACAGUCUUAGACAAUGGCAUGGCAUUCAUCUCCUCGGGAUAUUGUUCCUGGGUUCGAGGACGAAUUCUUCUUUACGAUUUUAACAACUCGUCACAAAAAGUCAAGGAGUUGCCAAUUGUCAGUUCCUCUCUGGACCAAUCUGAUUUAUCUUUCCAUGGAUUGUCUGUAUGGCAGGACAGUGCAACAGAGGAGAUAACUCUGAUGGUAAUAAACCAUGCUACCCUUGAAGAUCGCAUCGAAGUGUUCAGGUUCCUGAAGGAGAAUCAGACACUUCUUCACCUGGAAUCAAUCACGAGUCCAAAACUAACGGAUAUGAACGAUUUGGUGAUGACCAGCAACAGGAGUUUCUAUAUCACCAAAUACACGACACUGCGGGAUUACCUACGAUUGGAGCUGCUUCUGAUGCUGAAAUAUGGCGAGAUUUUCUACUACGACGGAAGCGACUUCCGGAGUGUGACUGGAGGACUGCACAUGCCCAAUGGCAUCAAUGUGUCACCUGACCACAGGUUCCUGUAUGUGUCUGAGUACGGAAGGAAACAGUUAAAGUCCUAUCGUAUUGUAGGCACAGAACUGGAGCACGUUGAGGACCUGUUCUUAGAUACACUUGUGGACAAUAUAGAAAUAGAGCCCGAGACUGGAGACCUUUGGGUAGGCUGCCAUCCCAUCCACUAUUAUCUGAUGGAUUAUGCCGAUAUCGGGUCUAAAAGUCCUGCACCUUCACAGAUACUGAGGGUGAAGACUUCAGACGGGAAGUUUACGGAGGCUGUAGAGGUUUACUAUGAUUCCGGAUACGAACUGGAGGCGUCUACCGUGGCUUCUGUGUACAAGGGGAAAAUGAUAGCUGGCACCGUGGUGUCACAGCUGAUAGUGUGUGACCUCGUGUACACAGACUGAUUCGACCGAAAUCAAAUAUUAACAUCUUCAUUAGAUUUACAACUUUCAAUAUACAUACCACUUUCAUAUGUAUAAUAUAAUCUUAAAAUGAUGCCCAUGUGCGUGCGAGACAGGAAUGCGCUCAAUUUUAAUAGACCAGUUACAAAUGUCGUUAGAAUGUGGACCCAUUCAUCAAGGUACUCGUGAUUGACUUAUUCAAGUUUCAAUCAGCAACUUCUAAAAUACGUGACGUAACUAACUUUCUCUUUAUCAUUUAUAUGACUGUUGGUUAACAUGUAUCAAAUAUAAUUGUUGUAUGACUUAUAUAUUAUAUUUAUUGGUUUGUAAAUAACUAAUAUAUUAUUUUCAUUGGUUUAUAUU